AUGCCCAGUGAGAACCUGCAUUCGGAAUUCGAGGAGUUGGGUGAGCAACUACCUCGUUACAGGCCGGACUCCAUAGCUGCGUUACGACGGGCCACGCGCUUCACAGAACCUGAGCUCAAGAGACUUUACCGAGGUUUCAAAGCAGAAUGUCCGACCGGCGUUGUAAAAGAAGACACCUUCAAACUUAUUUACUCACAGUUCUUCCCCCAAGGAGCUAAUACCGCCCAAUACGCGCACUAUGUAUUCAACACAUUGGACCAAGACAGAAGUGGAUUGUUAAGUUUUGAGGAGUUUGUGACUGGAUUAUCGAUCCUGUCGAGGGGAACUUUGGAAGAAAAGCUGCGAUGGACUUUCUCUUUAUAUGAUAUUAACGGCGACGGUUACAUUACCAAAGAAGAGAUGACAGAAAUUGUUUCAGCGAUAUACGAUCUCAUGGGCAAGAUCGUUGAACCCAUCGUCGAUGACGACGUAGUUAGAGAUAAAGUUGAAAGACUAUUCCAGAAAAUGGAUCUGAAUCGCGAUGGUGUGCUAACAUUGGACGAAUUUCUGGAUUGCUGCCUACGCGACGAAGAAAUCUCCAGAUCAAUGGGUGUCUUUGACAGCAACUUCUGACAACCCGCGACUGGCGCACGACCGGCCCGCCGUGCUCCUUUACCUUACUCAUAAAAAAAAAAAACAUAAUAAAUCUAUUUACUUACCUACUUAUCAUUUAAUAAUUAUACUCUAUCGUAAUCUCGUAGUAAGACCUCUUUUAUCUAAGAUUCCAAUUAAAUUAUAGUGUUUGUACUCGUGUCGUAGGCACGGAAUACUGACUAGUGUAUUCUCAUUCUUGAUUUGAAUGAUCUAAACGCAUGCAUAUUUACGGCUAUAAUAAUUAUGUUAAAAUCUUGUAAAACUUUUUCAACUACUAAUUUUUGUAACGUACAAAUAAUUCACUGUAUCAAAUCUUAAUUAACCAUCUAAAAUUCUGCUCAAAUAAGAAAGCGUAAAAAAACUGUCAUUUCAUUAGAUACAUACUAAUAUUUCUCCAGUUUACCCACAGCCUAAUUGACGAUGAGUAGUCAUCGCCGCUCGUGGUCAUCAACAAUGCCAGAGUCACAGCUAAGCCACUUAUUACUAAAACAAGUAAAACUAAACCUUGUUCGAACAAGGACAAGUGGUAGCUUUUGGAACACACCAAAGGGGCUCAUUCCACUGAGCAUCGUUGAAGUCUUGAAUUGCUUUCUGAAACAAUGCAACUCUCCAAGAAAUAAGGAAGUACUUUAAUCCAGUAGCGAGUUGUGUGAAUGGAUAUCACGGGAUCGGCUCAAAUAGUUUUGUCAGAGCAUUCCCCAUAGAACUUACUAUACAAAAUAAAGUAUUCGUAGACCCAAACCUUUACCCACAUUCAGUCGAUUCUCCUGCCUGCCUCUAUUCAUUUUAAUAAUAUUUGUAUCGUUUACAGCUCAGUCAAAAAAUACAGUAGUAACUUUAUUUUAUUAACCUAAUAAUCGAUUCCUAAAAGCAAAUAUGCAUGAGCGGUGUCACCAACUUGCCUAUUUUUGCCUCUCUUACUCAAUUUGAAGAGACAUCUAUCUCACGUCUCAAGGUGAGUGGUGUUUUGAAUGUUACAAUAAAUAAACAAACGACUCUGCUAACAAUUUAAUACCAGAUCGGCCGUGGGCUCCUCUGUUCUACUGUAAUUAAAAAAUCUGAGCUAUAUGAAAAGUUAAAUCAUUAAAAUAAACAUUUACUAAAGAGAAUACUUAUUCAAUGAUUUCAUAUUAAAGAUUUACAUAUUUUUUCCAUUAUUUCAAAUCAGUCCGGCCAUUUUUCAUAGAGUUUAGUAUACGAUCAAUUUCUUUGAUACUUAUUCCUUCAAACUUCAAGCCAUCUCGUAUAAUGUACCUACUUACCUACCUAAAACUAUAGUAGUCUAAUAUAUCGAUAGACCGAAAACGCAAGAUCCCAACACUGCCAUUUAUAAAAUACCUAAAUAUGAACUAGAUGGGUAUACCGUACACUCUUACUGCUUACGAAUAUGGUGACAAAUUUGAAUGUCUACUAAUAUAACAUACGAAAUUUAUAUAGCCAAUCUUUGUUUAAUUAUUAAGUACAUCGACCACUAUUAAUAAUUCACUGGUUUUAGUUUUAGGACGUUUGCGAACCGGCAAGGGUAGAAAAGACCAUCUGCAUACUUCUGCGGCGAAACUGUCAGUAUUUCUGUUAUGGAUCCGUUUGAUUUUUAAGUAUUAGUGGCAUUAACGAUGUCCAUGAGCUCCGGCAACCACUUAACACAAGGAUUCUUUCGUCCUCGCCUCAAUUGCAAAAAAAACAAAGAACCUAAUACGUACCCUUUGCCUCGUAGUAUAAUAUUGUUGGAAAAUAGUAAUAGAAAACUGAAACAUGUCGACAUGUUAAUACCAAACGCAGUGUAAGCAUUUAGAAGAUUUAAUUUAUAAAAAUAGGUUUUCAUACAUA